GAAAAAACUAACCUGAAAACUAUCAUAAUAUGUCACGUCAGUAAUGUCAAUAGACUUCGUUACUGCAAUUUUCUAUCGUUUACUUGGAUAUUUUUAUUAUUUAUUUUUAGGAAAUAAUGUCUGCAUCACAGUCGCAUGUCAACAGAAAUUUUCCAUCGCGAUCAAUAAGCCAAAUUACAAAUGAAAUAGAAGAAAUAACAGACGAGGAAUUGGUUAAGCAAGUGAAUGAUUUAAAACAUCAAAUAAAAGUUUUGACUUUGGAAAAUGAAGUUUUUGAGAGGACUAUGUCGAGAUUGGACCCUACUUUGUUGCAUGGCAUUCAGCAAGCGCUGGAAUACGCCACGAGGUUAAACAGUAAUUCUUCCCUGAACGUCGGUAGCUUUGUUAGAUCACAAACAUCUCGAUUAUUUUUCGAAUCAUUGACCAGUCCAUCUAGAAUGUUUGCGAGUCCUUCCAAAAUCUCUACCAAGCGAGCGGAAUCCUCAGCGAGAGUUGGUGGUACAGUAAUGUUUGGAACGGGUCCAAAAAUAAACGUCCUCGAACGAUCUGAAAUCGUUUCCGCUGAAAUGGAGAUUUUGAUGGCAAACUUGGAAUUAAUGCGUAAAAAAGCAGCCAAACAACACGCUCUAUUGAAAGCUCAAUUAGAAGAACUCGAACUCAGAGUUGAACACAUACAAAAUUUCCGUGAAGAGUUUUACAAGGAAGUUGUCAUUGAAGGAUGGGAUAAAAUAGCGCAGCGAAUUCCAGCAGAAAUAUGGGUUCGAUAUAUGAAUGAAUGGGUAAAAAUUACCGAUAGAAAGAUCGGCAAAUUUAGACUUCGUACGAGUACUUUGAACACUCAGUACAGCAAAUUAAAGGGACAGAUAAAAAUAAAAGCAGAACUGAGUGAACAUUUAAGGCCGGUCGAUUUUGAGAAAAUUAAAAUUGAAAAUAAUGAAUGUUUGUCAAUCAUAGACAAAAAGCUUCAGCAAUUGGCUGAACUGAAGAAAAUGACAGGAGACGCCAACUUAACAUUGAGCAUACACAAGAAAGCCUUAAUGGAGCAAAACAUUUAUUUAAAUGAAGUCAUAAGCAACGUAAAGAGAAAACAAAAGCAAACAGUAACUCUCAACAAAGAGACAGAAGUAAUAGAGACUCAAGCUAAAGGUUUAGCAGUCAAAUUGGAUGAUAUUAAAAAGUUGAGGAAUGCAUACGAGGUUCCUGAUAUACUGGAUUAUGUUCAUGUAAAAGCCGAGAUAGCAGACUUAAAACUUAGCGUCAAAUUGCUACAGAACAGACUUCGAAUACUUCAAAUUGCCUUUUCUUCACAUCACAGGAAGUUAACUAAAAUGAGUUUGGAAUCUUGAAUGUACUAAAUGCUUAAAUAACUUUAUAUAACAUUAUGUGUUAAAUACAAAUUAGCUACAGAUA